UCAUGGUACAUUUGAUGUCAGGUUUAGUUGACCGAAAAUAAGUCAUCGAUUUUAAAGAAAUCGCUAUUCAUGUAAAUAGGAUUUGGUCUUGUUUGACUGAAAGAGCUGCACGCAGGCGUUGCAAAAAUUACCACAGAGUAGGAAGACGUUUUAAGGGACGUUGCCGUUAGUUUAGUGACGUCAUUUAUCUGCCGCACGUGUACUCCGUGAACCAGGAAGAGCCCGUUAUACGCCUAUGAUGCUUACAUUUGCAUUAACAGUCGUUCGCCAUGGCGAAACGCACUACAACAGAGAUAAGUUGCUUCAAGGUCAAGGCAUUGACACACUACUGUCAGAUACAGGACAUCAACAGGCGGCAGCUGCUGGAGUGUAUCUCAAAGACCUGCAUUUUACUAAUGUCUUUGUCAGUAACCUGCAGAGAGCCAUUCAGACGGCUGAAAUUAUUUUAAAAAACAACCUUAAUUCUUCUGCUACUGAGAUGGUGUUGGAUCCUUUACUCAGAGAGAGGGGUUUUGGAGUGGCAGAAGGACGGCCGAAAGAAGAUCUGAAGAACAUGGCUAAUGCUGCAGGUCAGGCCUGCCGAGAUUACACCCCACCUGGAGGAGAGACAUUGGAUCAGGUAAAGAUGCGCUUCAAGAAGUUCCUCAAAUCUUUCUAUCAGCGCAUGUUAGAUGAACAUGACUCACUCAAUCAUUGUUCUGCGUCCUGUUCUGGACCGUCAGAACCGGAGCAGCCUGUAAUUGCUGGACUUGCUGAUGAUGGAGUCCGUGGCAUACCUGUCCACGCUUUGAUCGUCAGUCACGGUGCGUUUAUCCGUGUAUCAGUGCGCCACCUUGUGGAGGACUUGCAGUGCUGUCUGCCCGCAGGCCUAAAGAUGAACCAGGUGUUCUCACCAUGUCCAAACACUGGCAUCAGCAGGUUUAUCUUAACACUCCGCAGAGAGGAGAGCGGCCCACGAGCUACACACAUCUACUGUGUCUUUAUCAACAGAAAAGACCAUUUGGAGGAUGUCAGAAAACCGGUGUUAUGAGAGUUAACAUCUCUGACCUGGAGGAGCAGCAACAUGGCCACUGUUCACUUCUCCAUACAUACUCAAGAACUUGUAGUGAAGAUGUGUGAUUUAAUUAAUGUGUUAAUAAUAUAAAUGCAUUGUGUUGAUAUUUAGGCUGUAAAACUAUUUUAUUUAUCCUGUCAAAUGACUGAAUGCAUCUGUUUGAUGCCCACUGAACUUAUAGAAGCACCUUUUUCACACUACUGUUGUUCAAAGAUAUCUACCCAAAAACAAUGUACUGUAUUUAAUAAAGAGACUGA